UCCUGGUCUCCUCACUCGCCGGCGCCGCGUGUGUCUCAGACGGAGCACGGAGCAGCAACGUGGAGACAUCGAGAGGAAGCCUGAAGGCUCUCAACUUAGAGAGCGCGCACAUUCUGCUGCCAAAAUGCUCGUUUUAUUUGAGACCGCUGCUGGAUAUGCAAUAUUCAAAGUCCUUGAUGAAGCCAAGCUGCAACAGGUCGACAGCCUGCAUAAAGAGUUUGAGACUCCUGAAAAGGCGAACAAAAUUGUGAAGCUGAAGCACUUUGAGAAGUUCCAGGACACAACAGAGGCCCUAGCAGCUGUCACCGCCCUUACUGAGGGGAAAAUGGGAAAGAGUUUGAAGAAAGUGCUGAAGAAAGUUGUUGCCAAGGAAGCUCACGAGCAACUGGCAAUCAGUGAUGCAAAACUCGGUGGUGUUAUUAAAGAAAAGUUGGACCUGGUCUGUGUCUACAACUCUACUGUGGCUGAACUGAUGAGGUGCAUUCGGAGCCAGAUAGAGAGCCUCAUCACUGGACUUCCUCCCAAGGAGAUCAGUGCAAUGUCUCUUGGAUUAGCUCACAGUUUAUCCCGCUACAAGCUGAAGUUCAGUCCAGACAAAGUGGACACUAUGAUUGUGCAGGCCAUCUCUCUUCUGGAUGACCUAGAUAAAGAGCUGAACAACUACAUUAUGCGCUGCAGAGAGUGGUACGGCUGGCACUUUCCCGAGCUGGGAAAGAUUGUCACAGACAACUUGGUCUACUGCAAAGCUGUCCGCAAAAUUGGUGAUCGUACAAGCGUGGCCGGCUCUGAUCUGUCGGACAUCCUACCUGACGAAAUUGAGGCAGAGGUUAAACUGGCUGCCGAGAUCUCCAUGGGGACAGAAGUGUCGGAACAUGACAUCGCCAACAUCAGGCACCUGUGCGAACAGGUGAUUGAGAUUUCAGAAUACCGCACUCAGCUGUACGACUACCUGAAGAACCGAAUGAUGGCAAUCGCCCCCAACCUGACAGUAAUGGUGGGAGAGCUGGUUGGUGCCCGUCUCAUCUCGCAUGCAGGUUCCCUAAUGAAUCUGGCAAAGCACCCGGCCUCCACAGUGCAGAUCCUCGGAGCGGAGAAGGCUCUGUUUAGAGCCUUGAAGACUCGCAAAGACACGCCCAAGUAUGGUCUCAUCUACCAUGCCUCCCUAGUGGGCCAGACCUCUGCCAAGAAUAAGGGCAAGAUCUCCAGAAUGCUGGCAGCUAAAGCAUCCCUGGCUAUUCGCUACGAUGCUCUAGGAGAGGACACAAAUGCAGAAAUGGGAGCAGAGAACCGCGCCAAACUGGAGGCCAGGUUGCGCCAACUGGAGGAGAAAGGAAUCCGAAGAAUCAGUGGAACAGGCAAAGCAAUGGCGAAGGCGGACAAAUACCAGCACAAGAGUGAAGUGAGAAUGUACGAUCCAUCCGGUGAUUCUACUAUUCCCUCCACCUCAAAGAAGAGAAAGUUUGAGGAGGUGGAGGAGGAGGACGCUGAAGAGCCCAAAACGCCGGUGGUCAAAUCCAAAAAGCCCAAAAAGGAACCCGUAACAGAAGAAGAAGCAGGAACGUCGGCAGCGGAGGAGACUCCCAAGAAAAAGAAGAAGAAGAAGAAGGUCAAGGAAGAAGAGGAAGAAGAGGAGGUGCCCGCAGCCGUAACAGAGUCAACAGAAAAGAAGAAGAAGAAAAAGAAAAAGAAGGCAGCCGAGGAAGAUGAUGAGUAAAAUGGUGGAGAGUGUAUAUAUUUUAUGUUUUCGUUUUUAUGCUAUUCUAGUUUUGUGUCAUACGUUUAUAUCUAAUAGGGCAAAAACUGUAUCGAGUGCCUGUUUCUAGACAUUAAAAGAGUUUACGUUAAAAAAAAAAAAAAAUCACCAUUGAAUCUACUUUUUAUAUAUACGAAUAAAAUGUUUUGAAAUCAUUUUUAUUUUUUGGUAAACACAUCUGUAUCGGAUUCAGUGCACAAUGAGCUGAUUCCCCUGGUCCAUUGUAAAAAUCUUUUUAUUGUCUAAACGUCUGCCUGCCCUGGUCAAAUAAACAGUUUUUGCUGAAA